CCUUCUGUUCCCCCGUGUACAACACCCAGCAAGCCUGAGAUCCGUUGGCUCUGUUCCCCGAUAUCCCGAUUAUGAGCCUGGCCUACCAACAUCAUCCGCACAAUGCUAUAGCGGGCCCAUCCAGAAGCCAUGGAACGACCAUAGAUGAAGUGAAACGAGAAAAGAAGAGGAAGGAAAUUUCAGGAAAGCUCAACAGAGAGAUGAACGACAGAAGAGACGAUGGGAGACACUACAGCGAAACAAUAUCUGCAUUGCAUCAGACAUCCGUGACACUCGCCACAAGGCCGGACACUUUGCCUCUGUACAAUAUGAGACUCCUGCCAUUCACAUUCGAACGUUCAGCCAAGCUGGUUCAGCUAGAGUAUGAGGAACGAUAUGCCUUGGAGUGUGCGCAGACUGCCUACGAUGAAGAACGUGAAAAAGUCGAGAUGGAAUGGAAGAAAGGGCAUGACAGAGUCAGAGAGAGGUUAAUGGAGAGCAUAGAAGAACGAAGACGCCGGGCUCGGGAAGACAAGGAAGGAGAGGGUGCUGUCGCAGAUGGCACCCUUGACUCUCAGUCCCGUCCACAUAUAACUCGGAAACUACGGAAUAAAAUGGGCACGUCUCCGCCACCUACUCCCCUGGGAGCCGCUGCUUCCGCGCCUAAUGGUGUCGGUACUAUUAGUGGAUUGCCCAUUACAACCGGUCCAUUGCUCAACCCACACUCGCUCAAUGUUGAUGAACUGCCAUCGCCGUUCCCUCUUCAACUGACCUCUACCACCAUACCUACUGGGCCCAACGGGGCCAAUGCCGGACCAGGCACUGGUGCAAGCGGAGGGGGUCGACGCAGGCCCAAAGGCAGCGGAACACAUCAGAGCCAAGCUAUCGGGGGACUGGGCAAGAGCCUGGCUAUGCUCUGUGGGUGCAAAGAACAGGAAAUCGAAAGUGAUUUGGGCGAAAUCCGGAGAGGAAACAAGCGGCGACGCGUAACGACUGGCGCAGGGCUGGGAAAGACCACCCUAUAAUAGUAUGUAUCUAUAGUAGCAGUAAUUA